UUAUUAAUUAUUACAAUUAUAAUUAAUAGUUGUUAAUUUGUACUUACUAGUAAUUACUAGUAUUUUUUAAUUUUUUAAAAUUUAUUGUUGUCGUUUGUUGUUUGUUGUUUUUGUUUGACUGGAGCCACCCACGUGACCAGUGACGUGACAUUACGAGAUAUCAACAAUGACUUCGGGAAGGAGCGGCAACAACAAUCACAACAACAAGGAUAGCUGUAUCGGGAACAGCAUGGCUACCUCGGGCGUCACUGUUGUUGGCCAGGAGGUCGUUAUCUACGAGGAUCACUUGUACAAGCUGCGCAACAUAGCUCGCCUGAAAACAUUUAGUAUAAAUUACAAACCAUGGAGACUAAAAUACUUCAUUUUAAAGAAAAAAGAUGACCACCUCAUGCUGGAAUAUUAUGAUCGACAACCGACGCCAAAGAGGACCCCUAAAAUGCAACUGUUACUACACAAAUACCGUGUGGAGAAGAUUACCAAUUCUAAGAAUCGUGCUUAUGUUUUCGAAAUCACCACACCUGAGCGAAGGCUUUGCCUCUCAGCCAAUGAACAGCGAUCUAUGGAUAUGUUUGUGUUCUUUCUACAAAUUCAACGCAAACUAAUACGAGAAUUAACAGAUGAUUACAUUGUGGUACAACCAGAGAAUUCUGAAACUCUGAGACGUAUUGGUGCCAGAGGCUGCCCCUGUUUGCUGUUUAUCUCCCCAUAUGGAGUGACUUUGGCUCUUCAGGGAUCACUCCGAGUUCUAGCACAAUGGCCUUUGAAGAGCAUUCGCUGCUAUGAAAGUUCCUGCCAAGGACAAUUCUCCUUAGAAGCUGGUCGUGUUGCUCCAAUGGGGGAUGGUUUAUAUAUUUUUAACACACAACCAGGCGAUGAUGACCGUCUCUAUGACUUGUUAGAUAAACAUGUGGUCAAUGCUUUACAAAAAAUUCGGCCUGGUCAACAAAUUUCUCACCAAAUUGAAGAAUAUGCCUUAGAAACGAAACAACUUCAGUCUCUCACUCAAUUCUCCAUCUGUACACAACACCAAGAAGAAAUACCUCGGAUUUUGCAGGAAAACUGGAAUCUUGUUUUACCAUCUUUCGACCUAAGCCAACGAACUUCUUCUUCCUACAUUACAGUGCCGGUACGACCGCCCCCGACUCGACCAGACUUUCUUGCCAACUUCAGCAAUAAUCAGCUUCCACCCCCUCUACCCAUACGUUCCAUAAACACUACAUCAACCGAAGUCCUCGCUUCGUCACCAGAUGCAUUUGUCCCCGAUUUCCGGUCCCUUCGACUAAAAUCUCCUAACACUGAAGCUCCACUUGAAAGUAACUCUCUCGACAAUUCCAACCAAAGUGUCCCUGAUUUCGUCUCGAAUGGUCGCACAGGCUACAUGUAUCCCUCCGGCCAACAGAUGUUAAGACAUUCCCAGAGUCUGUCCAGUCCGGAACAGGACUCGCUGUUAAAUGUUUUCGAGUCUUCGCCAGAAAACAAUGAGGGGUACCUGACAGCUUGUCUAAAAAAGAACAACACGGACGGGGGUCUGACGUGCAACUCCGAGAGUAAUAAUCUCAACAAAUCCCAAAACAGCUUACGGAGACGAAGUCGGCUAAAAUCCCGGAGCUGUGAAGAUUUGAAUUCCUACAUCAAAAUGUCUGCAUUAAAAGAUUCUAAUCCGGAAACAUCAGACUGCAAAACAGAGCCAAAGAAAGACAACAGGGAAAAUGCGGCUGUCAAACCUCCCGUGCCUUUCCCACGACUGCAAAACCUCCGCAGCAGUCUAUACUGUGACAGCAAUGGACUCAAUAAUUAUCGUGCUGCUUCUGUUUAUUAUGGCAACAUUACCAAGAAAAAAAAUGGUGUUUACGAACCAGCAAACCCAGGUGUUUCAGAACUUCGGCAGAUCUUCGAUGGCGGCGAGAAGAAGAUGCGUAAAUCAGUUUCGAAUCCGAAUUUCUUUAACAUCUCGAGUAAAGACAACUCUGUGUGUCCCAUGGCGUUCGCUCCGGAGCCGAGCCCCCUCGGAACCAGCAACAAAAACAAGUCGACUCAUAAAUCGUGGAGAAACCUAUUUGCAGACCGACGGCGCCGGUCAAACCAUGACAACCAGCAGAACAACAACAACCAUCACAAAAACAACAACAACAACAAUAACAACAAUAAUAACAACAACAACACUAAUUCCUCAGCGACAACAGAAGAAGGCCCUUACUUGAAUGAAUCGGUCCUUUCACGUCCUGCGAAUAAAGGACGAUCGAGCAGUUUCAGCAAGAAGUCUUCCCAGAAUUACCAAGCAACCAGUUCUCAGGUGAUGGAUACCUAUGGCACCGGAGGCAUGAAAGGUGUUCGAAUGACGCCGAAAACCCGAUCUUACCGGAGACUAAAGAGUGAGAGCAGUGCUUCGUAUCUGAAUAAAUCUCCGCUGAAAGAAGCCACUCCACCUCUAGCAUCAGUGGAAUCUCUUUGUUGACAACUCUUCCUCCAUCAUGUUUGAUGGCAACGUAAAAGACAAAACAACUGUGGAUGCAUAUGUGUGUGUGAGUGUGAAAGUGUUUGCAUGAGUCUGUGUGUACAUAUGUAUAUCUGUGUGUGUGUGUGUGUAUGUAUUUCCCCUCUAACAGUCUUUCCCUCCAAAAUUCUAUUCUGUAGAUAAAACUACCAACAAACAAGCAAAGAAAAAAAAUCAGAAGCUGUAAAAAGAAAUGAAAAUAUAUUCAUAAACAUAUAUAUAUAUACUCUCUCUCUCUCUCUCUCUCUCUCUCUCUCUCUCUCUCUCGCUCGCUCUAUCCAUAUCUCUCUGAAAUUGCUCUGAAGUCUGUGGCCAUCCGAGGGCUGUUGGAACCUUUGAAACUCUCAUCUCUAUUAAAAACACCCAGCAUUUAUAAUUCUUCAUAUUUCCAAUGCCGUGUCUUGGAUCUAUUUUAGUGCCUUAUUGUCUCCAACUUCGAUUAUCUCACUGGCAACUGACUUUGCACCAGUUUCCACAUCUCCAAGUCAACCUCAAGUCAACUUGUAAUUUACUUGGGUCGUAGGUGGGAAGGAGAAUCUAGACUUCUGAUUGGGUCUCUUUUCUGAUGUAAAAAAAAAAAAAAAAAAAGGGAUAACAUGGUACCUGGGGAAGAAAAAAAAAAAAAAAAA